CAGGCAAGUGUUCAUGUUUUUAAGUGAUUUCAUGAUUUCCAGGCAUAUGGCAAACUUCUUGUAAACUAUGAUAAAUUUGAUGAUUUUUUUUUUUAAAUCUAAAGCAAGGGAAAAGUGCUCAGUGGAAUACUCUGAUUUAAAUAUCUCAGUUAGACUGGCUGUAUGAAUGGGAUGAGGACGUUAUAUCAUAUCACUGAGACUGUGUUCCAGUUUGGAAUAGACAUAACAACUUUAAAACCGAGACAUAAUCCGUAACCAAAAUGGGAGGAGAACUAGUGGUUUGUGGUUUGAUGGUGCUGGGUCUGGCCACACAGGUGAUCUGGGCAAAGUUUGAUGAUACUUAUUAUAUAGUUGAAACUAACGGUGAAUACAUUCAUUGUAAAAAGUGCCCACAUGGAACUUACUGGCUUCAAAACUGUGAUCGAGAUGGUGGGCAGGCCACAUGUGAGGAAUGUCCAGAUGGACGCUUUAUGGAAGACUUUAACCGAGCACUUUAUUGUAAGAAGUGCACAGAGUGUAAGGGUAAUCAUAAAGAAUCUCGUGAAGUUGUGGCAGCCGAGUGCACGAGAUUUCAUGACACAAAAUGCCAGUGUAUAGAAGGAUACUGGAGAGAGGAAGGAAGGGUCGGUGAUUGCCGAUCUGUAUCUCCGUGUAAGCAGGGAUAUGGUGUGAAAAAAUUAGCCGACAGCCACAACAACACAACAUGUGAGAGAUGUGUCAACGGGAAGACCUUCUCCAACGUCAGUUCCGAGAAGAUACCCUGCCAGAACUGUUCACUGUGUCCUGUAGGAUGGGUACAAAAAAUUCCAUGUAGCGAAUAUGAAGAUAUUGUGUGCAUUCCAAAAGAUGAAGAUGCGGAUGACGGAGUUGCUCUGAUUGUGGGAGUGGUGUGUGGUGUAAUAUUCGCAGUUGCUUUACUUGUGGUUAUCAUCAUUUUCUGCUGCUGUCGCGAGAAAACGCGUAAAGUUCUUCAAAAGUUGCCUUGCAGGAAGGGAACAAAAUACGAAACCACUGAUACUACAGAUCCCAAUGGUGAAUUUGUCAGGGUGACAGUAGAGGCAGGCAACGAGGACAACAACAGUGAGCCGGAGGUAGACCAGGAGUUGGCAAGACUAGCAAUUGCCAAUGACACUGGUUUAUUCUCGGAUCUAUCCCUCCUUCGUAUUUCUGGUAAUAUUGGACAAUGGCUGCAGUUGGCUCUUGAACUUGGGUUAUCUAAUGCUGAACGUGAGAGAAUAGUAAUAGAUUUUCAUAGCGCAAUAGACCAGAUACACAAAGCACUUACCAGCUGGAGAAAUAGACAACGCCAAGGAAAAAAGAGUGAUGAGUUUCUCCAGGAUGAGUUAGUACAGGCCCUGCAUAAUGCCAGUUAUGGGGAACUAGCCAACCAACUCCAGACAUACAGUGUUACUGAGAUGUUUCCAGCCAAUACAAAUCAAGACAACAGUUGAUGAACUCGCUUGACAUACCUUAAAGUACUUCUGUCAUUUUGGUGCACAAACAAUGUCAUUUUAAUGUGCAAACAAUUCCAUUUUAGAGUGUGAACGAUGUCAUUUCUGUUAGUGAUCAAUGUCUUUUGAUGCACAAGCAAUUCUGUUUUAGUGGGUAAACGAUGUUAUUUUGGUGCACAGACAAUUUCAUUUUGGUGUGUGAACAAUGUUAUUUUUGAGGGUGAACUAUGUCAUUUUGAUGUUAAACAGUGUUUUUGUGCAUGAACAAUGCCAUUUUAGUGUGUAAACAAUGCCAUUUUGGUGCACAAAUGAUAUGAUUUUGUUGUGCAAUGUCAAUCACUCGUUCACAUAUUCACUAGUCUUGGAAACGUAACAUCGAUUGUGGUCCUAACGCCUGGAUUUAUGGUGCCUCACUAGGGCUUGAUCUGACUGUACUGAAAUCCACAAUUGUGAAACCUGUGUUGUGAUUAUAGCAUUAUAUUGUGAGGAUGUUCUUGUUGGGCAAAUCUGUGUUUUGUUUUGAUAAUUUACCAUGUUGUGAAAUCUCCAUUUGUAAAUAUUGAUUGUGACACUAGAACAGUGUCUUGUGGUGAAAUCAUAUCAGAAGUAAAUGUUGUUUCAUAAUGUUGUAGGGACAAUUUAUACGUUAUAAUGCUACCCUUGUUCAUGUUAGUUUUCUUGACUUUGACACCUGUAUUAGAUGUAUUCAUGAGUAGCGAGGUUAUGAAACACUAUUAGUUCAGGUGAACUUCUUUUGUGGGAAGAGUCUACAAGGUAUGUGUACAGUCUGUACCAGUUUAGAACAAGUUUAGAAAGAUAUGUUCCAUAGAAGGAGGAACGUGAAUUAUGGGAGAAUAAGUGAGUUUUAAAUCAAAUUUGAAAGAGAAAUUUCACAAAGAAGUUUUAAUUCAAGUAGAAUUUUUACAUGAGCUACACAUGCAAGUACAAAUACACACUGUGUUUCAUGAUCUCUCUAUUACUUCACUUGUCCAGUGUAAAAUAACUGUUUACAAUGAAAUAUGUCAAAAAAAUCCCACCUUGAAAGUUCAUGAUUUCAUAUUAAUGAUAUUAUAAGAUCAUGUUUGUAUUCAAUAUUUUUCACUCUUGUACUAUUUGAUCAUGACGUUCUUCAUUCAUGUGUAAAUAUGAACAAUAAUAUGCUGUAACUGUUGCAUUCUUGCUGUAAUUAAGCAGUGUGACCUUGUCUGUCAAAGUUAGAAAGAUAUCAUCAAUUGUUUGUAUCCAUCAUCAUGUCGUGAUGGACCUUGUUUUACAUGUUGUGAUGGACCUUGUUUUACAAGUUCUGGUCCUGCCAUCUUGGUGCAUGUUGCAUGGAGGGUUUAAGCUCAAGAGUUAUAGAAGGGUGCUGCAUACUAACUCUUAGUUAGAAUUCUUAUGUCGUCAUGACGAUCACCGUUGGCAUCCAUCUGCCUUCAUAGAAGUAAAUGCUUGAGUCUCAAAUACUUCUUUUGAUUACCGGUAAUACUUUCAUACAAGAUGUUAAAACCUAAUGAUAUUUCAAUUAAACACAAUCACUAAGUAAUGUUCAAGACCUUCAAUGUGUGCCCUUUCCACACUUGGCACCUAGCUGUCCCCCUUCUGCAGCACCCUUUCCUAACAACUAGCUGAAACCAUUGCAUCCGUGCCUUAUACAAGCAACAUGAAAUUGUUUUAGUACUGCCUUCUAGGUGCAUUAAACAUGGGAAGAUCAUAUCAAUCAAAAUCAAGAAUGUUUGGGGGUUUUGUUGCCUGGGUUUCCUUAGGAGGGAUUUGCACCAAAGCAGUACACUUGUUGAAAUCUCAUCAAGGUACAAAAUCGUUCCUAGGAUUCUCAUGAAAUUGUUCACUGAGGCCUGCUUCAAUUAAUGAUUUUAAGUCGUAACAUCAAUUAUCUUAAAUCUGUAAAACUACUAUAAAAGGCUACACAUUGAUUGGUUUUAUUUUCUCAACUAAGUGUUCAUUUUGAAUACUGUUCAACUCACACCAAUAUGUAGCAAAAUAAUGAAACAAUGAAGCUGAGAUCAUUUCAAUUCAUGACUUAAGUCCUUGAUCGAAGUGAUGAUCGAAGUGAUCCCCAGGGUGCUGUUUCAAUGAAGGACUUCAGUCGUUAUGUCAAUUAUCUUAAUUUUGUAUAAACGUCACAAAGGGCAAUACAUGGAAUUUUGUUAUUUCCUCAACUCUGUGCUCCUUUUUAAUGUUGACAAAAGUUUGAUUCUCUCAAAUAUGUAGCAAAUAAAUGGAACCUAAUGACUUUAAGAUAAUUUUAAUCAAAAACUAAAAUCUACUAAGAUCUUUCUUGAAACAGUCCCCAGGAUUAUACACAAGAACUGCUCAUUUCAAAGUUUGGCACCAUUGAAAGUACAUGUACAUAUCAAUGCCUUAAUAGAAUGUGUAUUGUUAAUGUUCUUUUUUUACAAAUAAACAAGCUGACAUCAGUCUGUAAAUGUACCAAUGUUAGGAGAUCAAGACUAGUGUUAACUGUAGUUUUUAUGCAUGGUUAAAGGGUCAGAUUCUGUUAAAAUAGUUGAUCAGUUUACUGCAAUCAAUGAAAUGUGUCUUUUGACCACAAUUGUACAAAAAUUGUUCUAUUGUUUAUUGUUAAAUCAGUUAUAACAAGAAUGGUUUUAAACAAAUUGUUACUUUAAUGUAUUAAUAUAUAUAAUAUGGUUAAACGUUAAUACAGUUGUAGAAUUUAUUCUAAUAUUUUGUGAAACUGUUGUUAUUAAAAUAUAUUUUUUCAGAAUUUCUAAGUGAGGUUGUGAUACAUUUACAGUGGCAUUAUACCAGUUUUGGAGUAAAUGAUUAGUGAUGGUAUUAUUGUUCAUAGGUUUGUUGGUUCAGUUUUAUACAUCACAAUUGUGUACUUAAUAGUCUCUAUGGUUCUAUAGAGGAGCAAAAAAUAUUAAAAUUUUAAAGGGAUCUCAUUUAUUCUGUAGCAACUUCAGGGCCAAAUUUCUCUUCGUUUUUUAAGCAAAACAAGCUUUGGUCUUCUUUCUUUUUGCCAAAAUACUAAAACUGGUUUUCUUCUUUUUGUUAAAUAAAUAUUAUCAUGAUAAAUGUGAUAAUUACAAAUAUAAUUUCUAAAAAAAGUCUUAAAAGUCUUUAAUAAGCUUCAUCCUGUUUUACAGGACUUAAACUUAUUCCAGACAUUAGGCCCUGUAAUCCAUGGUGAAUCCUUCUUAAUUUGUAACCAAAUAAGCUGAUAUACGGUAAACAUAAUUAUAUGUUUAAGCUCAUGGGGAUUCCAGAAGUAAACAGAAUAAGACUUUGGGUUCAUUCGAUUGCUUUUUUGUUUUCUUCUUUUGCUGCCGUAAAAUUUAACAUUUAAACCUAACGUUAAACAUGGAAUCAAUUUCUUAUGGCCUAAUAUUAUUAGCGUGGUAAGAGCUUCAGAUAAUCCUUUAGUUUAUUAAAAUACGUCAUAGUAUAUAUUGAGCAACCCCAUAAAUAAAACAGUAGUGGAUAACCGUGUCUACGUUUCGUUAUUUAUGUUUCAAGAUUUGCCAUGUAUGCUCAAUAUUUGAUUGCUCAUAGUUGCAUAAUAUUUUUCCAUUAUAUCACAGUUUUAGCUGUGUGAAUAAUGAAAAUGUAAAAAGGAAUAUAUUUAUAUCGAAUAUAUCAAAAUAAAAAUUUCAAAAUGGCAAUUCUUUUCAAAAUCAUAUUUUCAAGUUUAUAAAGAUAUAAAAACUUAAUGUUGAUAUAUAAUCAUACAUUAUAUUUUGUACUUUGCAAAAAUGGCUAAGGAUUGCUGGUUCUAUAUAAGUUUUGGAGGAGAGGGGGGUUAGUAUGCAGUUUUAACAAUUAUACAAUACAAAUACAAUUCAAAUCCUGCAACACAUACACAAAGAAACAGUUUUAGGUGUCCAACAAAACAUUCAAAUUUUGAAUCUUGGUACAUGUAUCCAAUAAAAUAUUGAAUUUGGGCCGAACCUUUUCAUAUUUAAUUCUAGACAAAACUUGCCAAAGAUUACUCAUCCAUGAUAAUAUCAUACAAUUUGUUCACCCUGACUCCUUAUUGAAAUUAAUAACUGACUGAAGUGUAACUGACAUUAAUGGAAGGCGUAAACAAUCAACUUAUAAAUGAAUUGGCCCAUUGUUUUGAAUAUGAUUCUUAGCCAAUUUUUGAACUUCAUUAUCAUGGCAUUACUUUACAGCUGAUUAUGUUUGUGUAUAGUUUUAAUGAUGCUUACUGUAGUUACAUAAAUUUCUAUUUCAUUUACAUUAUGAUUAUCACUUAAUACUGAAACUAUUUGUUAACUGUAUAGGAGAUAAAAGUUAUAGAAAAUAAAUAUAUAAAAAGCCUAAAGGUUUAUUUAAAUACUGUUUGUUUGUAGUUUAUUUUAAUCCCUUAGUUUGAUAUUUGAGGGAUUAUAUAACAUGAAAUAGAGCUUAUUGAAGUAUUAUACAUGUUUGUUUGUUUACAAGCUUUUUUCAAUUGAUAUAUGUUUUCAUUUGCAGUUAGCAUUGUUUUAUUAAAUGAACUCGGGAAUUGGUUUCAUCCCAAAAAAAAAAGUAUGUUUACAGAUCAUCUAGCCCCAAUUUUUCAAAACUGAAAGUUUCCCUAUGAUUUGUGUAAUAUUUAACUUUUUGGGGAUAUUUAAGACUUCGAAUAUAAAUUAUGUUUAUGAUAAUCACAAUAACAAUUUUUCAUUUAUCGAAAUCAAAUUAAAGUAUGUAUUUUGGCUACUUAGUGAAAUAAGCUUCUUAAGCCUGUUAAGCUUAAGAUGUUUCGAGGAAUUGGGGCCAGUUGUCUAUGAAGUUAUUUAAACAUUGUUAAGAUGUAUGUAAAAACCUAUUUUGAAUAUGAAAAAUAAAAUAGUUAAUUAACAUGAAAG